AUGUUCGCGAGCAAGUUCUUUCUCGUUUCCGCGGCAAGGCUAGCGAGCCAUCGCCUCCGUCUUCCAGCCGUCUCGGCUCCCGCUCUCCUUGGACACAGGGUCUCAUCAACAAGUGCUUCCGAGACAUCCUCUGCCGCUGCAGACGCUUCCGAUUCGGCCGCUGGAGUCCGCCGCACUGAUAGGCUCCUCGUAGCUGAACACCAGGAGAAUGCUGAACACUCCACGCAAUCCUCAAGCGCCACCACGCAAAGGCCCUCCAAAUAUCGUAUCUACAAUGUCUUUUCGUCCGAGGAACCCAAUGCCGAAGAGUAUGUCCCCCUCCUCGACGACCAAGGCAGACCCCCUCCCCCACAUCUCUCUCCCCGCACCUCCCUCUACGGCAACACACAAUCCGUGGGCGACAACAGCAGACAUAUAGCCGACCCAGAUUUCCCGCUUCCUGAUCCGCCCAAGCCCUCGGGCUACCCCGCGCCGAUGCUCAACAACGCUGACAUCAAGACAUACCUGGCUCCGCUGUACCACCGCAGCUGGAGCUACCACUUCCACACCCUGGAGGACAUGCGGCUCUCCCCCGCACUGCGUAAGCUCUACAGGUUCCCCAACGACCGCGCCGCGCUCGACUUCGUCACCAAGCUGUCGCAGCACGCGAAUACUAUCCAGCACCACCCCGUCAUCCGCUUCUGCGACAAAGACGUCUUCGUGUUCCUCUUCACGCACUCCGCCUACCUCCCCGCCGAGUCCGACCUCGCCGCGCAGUCCGCCGCCAUCGGCGAGCAGGUAAGGAAGCCCGGCGUGACCUACCACGACGUCGGGCUCGCGUACCACGCGGAGGGGCUCCACGACACGAUGCGCGCGCAGACGGGCUUCCCACCGCAUACGAUGGUGCGCCCGCUCACAGAGCGCCCGCGCUCGGUGCGCGAUCUGCUGAUGCAGUUCCGCACGAUCGUCGAGAAGCGGUUGGUGCGCAAGGACGUGGAGCUCUCGGCGCACCGCAGCGCGCACGAGCGGCGCUUGCAGAGGGCGGAAGGGCAGCGGGGCGACAAGAGGGCACGAUACAUGAAACCUGGGGACGAGCGGAGACCGGGCAGAUCAGGCGUCUCGGACAGCCUCACGCUGUUGCGCACGCUCCAGAAGAUACGGAACUCGCCAUUUAAAUAUGCUCGAAGAUCAGGCGAUGAAUAG